GAAUGGCAGAAGGGAAGAGAUCCACUAUGAUGGCACUUGAAAAACCAAAGCCAGUUUCUACACAUAGACAAGCAGAACCAACAGCAAAACCUCAAAUGCCAGAAGAGAAGGAAAUUGUUUCUAAACUGUCCAAACCAGAAUCUGUUUAUAUAUCAGAACCAGCAGGGCCUCAGAUGCCAGAUAAGAAAGCAGCCAUAGCUACAGCCAGAAAACCAAAACCUACUGUAGUGCCUGAGACAGAAGAGCCCAAAGAGUUAGAAGAGAAGAGAGGUAUUGCCAUACGCAAGAAACUAGAAUCUACUGUGGUUUUUACAACAGUAGAGGCUCAAGUUCCAGAAAAGAAGGUAGUCAUUGCUAAACCUAAAAAACCAGAGCCAGCUCUGUUAGCUAAAACAGAGGAGACUCAAGUGCUAGAAGAGAAGAUAGUUCUGGCCAAACUCAAGAAAUUAGAACUUGUUGAGGAGCUUGAAGGAGUGGAGACUCAAGUGCAAGAAAGGAAGGUAGCCAUGGCUAAACCUAAAAAACCAGAGUCAGCUUUGUUGGUUAAAACCGAGGAGACCCGAGUGCUAGAAGAGAGGAUGACUAUGGCCAAAAUCAAUAAAAUAGAAAUUGCUGAGGAGCUUGAAACUGUAGGGGCUCAAGUGCCAGCAAAGAAAGCAGCCAUUGCUAAACCUAAAAAGCCAGAGCCUAUUGUGGUGCCUAAAAUAGUAGAGCCUCAGGUGCUAAGAGGGAAGAUAGCUCUUCCCAAACCCAGACAACCAGAACCUGUUGUUGUUCCUGAAAUAGUAGAGUCUGAAGUGCUAGAAGAAGAAAAGAUAGCUAUUGCCAAACUCAAGAAACCAGAACCCAUUGAGGAUCUUGAAAUAAUCCAGACUCAAAUGCCAGCAAAGAAGGUAGCCACUGCUAAACCUAAAAAGGCAGAGCCUGUUGUGGUAUCUAAAAUAGUAGAGCCUCCAGUGCCAAGAGAGAAGGUAGCUCUUGCCAAAUCUAGACAACCAGAAUCUGUUGCAGUUUCUGAAACAGUAGAGCCUGAAAUGCUAGAAGUAAAAAUAGCUGUUGCCAAACCCCAAAAACCAGAACGUGUAGAGGAUCUUGAAAUAGUAGAGGCUCAAAUCCCAGAAAGGAAAGUAGCCAUUGCUAAACCUAAAAAAGCAGAGAUGGUGCCUAAAACAAGAGAGGCUCGAGUGCCAGAAGAGAAGAUAAUUCUCAGGCCAAGCAAACAAGAACCUAUUGAAGAUCUUGAAACAAUAGAGGCUCAAGUGACAGAAAAGAAGGCACCCAUUGCCAAAUACAAAGAACCAGAAGUGAUGCCUAAAGCAAUAGAGCCUCAAGUAUCAGAAGAGAAGGUGAUUGUCACUAAACCUGUAAAACCAGAACUUUAUGUACCUGAACCUGUACCUGAAGCAAUUGAGUCUCCACCAUUAAAAGGUAGAUGUCAUCUGGGGGCAAAAGCCCACUCUUGUUUCAAGACAUGUUUUGCUUGGGGAAAAUGUUUUCUUUGUGUGAGAUCUCUUUUUGUAUUUGUACAGCCUCCUUGUAAUAUGUAAAUGUGAAUAUGUCAAAAUAAUGUCAGGUUUUAGCGUCAAAUCAUGUUACAUAUGUCUGUCUGUCUGUCUGUCUUCUUGCUAUUACCUUCAUCAUUAUUGUCUUCAUUUCAUACAAUUAACACAACCUAAUAUCUUUUAAGUUUCUGAUGUAAAGAAACCUGUCCUAGAAGAGUAACUGUUCAUAUUCUAUGAGAAGUUCUGCUGAGAAAUUGAUUUUUAAAGGCUGUUUGUUUCCCUGAUAAAUCAACAUUUCAUAUUCUUUUUUAAAAAAACCAUCCUUCCAGAUCUAGAUUCAUGUACAUACUUCACUUUACCAAGAACCAUAACAUUGUGGGGCCAUUCACGUAACUGGGCAGGCAGGGUGGGGAGGCUACUCCACCCCACCCCACCCCAGAUAAUCACAGAAAUGCUGCCACGGUGCACCAAGCAGCAUGGAGCUCCAGAGGACAGCAUGACGCAUCCCAGCCUCCAGAUAUUCCACAGUGCACAGCAUCCUGAGUGCAGUGCAUUGAUGGGAUCCCCCAUCAGAUGGACACUUUAGGUGCCCAUCUCUGUGUCUCCUCAGGCUGCCUGCUGCCUGAGGGGAGUCACAAUCCCGACAGCUGCGUUAAAGGAGCGCUUGCUCCCUUAACCUCAGCUAAGAGCUGGGCUUGGGAGCGGGGUUAGGCUGGCCGGGAGCACCGGGAUCCAUGUGGAUCCCAGCACUCCACAUAAGCUGGGCUAGGCUGCUUGUGAGAACAACCUCGAUGUUUUAGAAAACAGAGGCUCAGAUAUGAAGAUGAAAGGGAAAAUCUUAGUAUAGAAGUAAAAAUUCAUAACAAAAAUCUUAGCUAAACACUUUAGCAGGGAGUCUUUGUACUGGGAAUAUUCUUACAAAAUAGAUACAAUAGCCAUUUUGAAGGCUUUCCUAGAUUAAGUUGAGCACCAACCAUUUACAGAAGCCAAUAACAGAAGACUACAAAGGCUCAACUGAAAACAUGACUACUUAAUACAUGGUGGGUCUUGUAUGGAUGAACCUGAGCUAGACAUUCUUAAGCCAGUGUCGUCUUUUACUGGAAAUAUUACUUAGAUUUGCCUUCUGGGCAGGACAGUAUUCAGGGACAAGUGACAUAAUGGCAUGGCACUCAUUCAUAGUUCACCUACAGCAUGUUGAGCAAAGUUGUAAGCAAUGUAAUAUGGAACUUCUUGCUUCCUAUUAAGAAUGCAUCUGUGUGCCUUUGCGGCCAUUAUUGCUAGCAUCAUUUCAUGUCCUUUUGUCUUUGUCUGUUCGUUUGAAAGUACAUUUUGCUAUCUUUUUAACUUCUUCAUAUUGUGUUAUGAACCUUUUGGAAUUCUUCAAAAUAAAAUAUAC